AUGGGGGCAUCGGAGAAGAUUUGGGACGCGACGGAGGUGGCGGAGAGUCACAGCUCCGAGAUUCCGUCGUCCUCCGUCACCGUCGACCACUCUCUCUCCCUCACCGAUAUGAAGCCUUUCAUCGUGGAGCUAUGCAAAGAUCUAUUCAAGCAAUGGUUGAAUUUGGAGGAAUCAAAUUUCUCCCUUGAAACAGUAUCCGGUGGAAUCACGAACCUGUUACUCAAGGUAUCUGUGAGAGAGAACAAUGGGAAUGAUGUGAGUAUGACAGUUCGAUUAUAUGGACCAAAUACUGAAUAUGUGAUCGAUCGCGAAAGGGAGCUGCAGGCUAUCCCAUACCUCUCUGCUGCAGGAUUUGGUGCCAAGUUACUGGGAGUUUUUGGGAAUGGCAUGGUGCAGUCAUUCAUUAAUGCUCGUACACUUACUCCAUCUGACAUGCGACAACCAAAGCUAGUGGCAGAAAUUGCUAAACAACUACGAAAAUUUCAUGGGGUGGAAAUUCCUAGUUCCAGAGAACCCCAACUUUGGAAAGAUAUUCAGAAGUUCUUUGACAGAGCAUCAAGCCUCAAGUUUGACGAUAGUGAGAAGCAAAAGAAGUAUGAAAUGGUUUCAUUUGAAGAAAUAAAGAAAGAAGUUUCUGAACUCAAGGUAAUGACAGAUCGUUUUAAUGCUCCUAUUGUGUAUUCUCACAAUGAUUUGCUUUCUGGGAACUUGAUGGUGGAUGAUGUGGAAGAUAAGCUUUACUUUAUCGACUUUGAGUAUGGAUCCUACAAUUUUCGGGGUUUCGACAUUGGCAAUCACUUCAAUGAAUAUGCUGGCUAUGAUUGUGAUUAUAGCAUGUGCCCGGGCAAAGAUGAACAAUACUACUUCUUCAGGCACUAUUUAAGACCAGAGAAACCAGACGAGGUUUCUGAUGAAGACCUUGAAGCCAUCUAUGCCGAGACGAAUGCUUAUAUGCUGGCUUCACACCUGUAUUGGGCAUUAUGGGCAUUAAUCCAGGCGAAGAUGUCACCGAUCAAUUUUGACUAUUUAGGUUACUUUUUCCUGCGGUACAACGAAUACAAGAAGCGAAAGGACAAAUGUUUUGCAUUGGCACAGAUGUAUUUCUCAAAAUCUCAUUUAUGA